UAUCACUCAAGCUGCAACGCGAUUGUGGCCUCAAUGUUUACUCGGGUGUAUUUAUGAACCAGGAAGGAAACUACACAUGAUGAUGUCUGACCUGACAACCAAUGUUAAAUUAUUCGACGAGGGACAGCCCUGACACAAAGCAGCCCUGACACAAAGAACACUGCUGCCAAUGGCGUCCCUUCCUAGCAAAGCAACGAUUUUGCUUGCAGUUUGCCUCAUGAAAGAUGUUGAAGGGGAAGUGACAGUAUCCGGAUCAGGAGGUACAGGGAUACCCAACCAGCAGGCUCUGACACUGAGAUGCAACUACACUGUGCCAGGGGAUGUUGUUACUUCAUUCACAUGGAGGAGGGUGGAGGGCAACUCUGCAGUGAGCAUAGUCUCAGGUUCAGUGACUCCCCAGACAGCCAUAUUCCUGGACUCUUGGCAGAACAAGGGCGUGUUUGUUGGUAACUACACCUCCUCCCUAGACAUCCAGCUGCCUGCCAGUCACGUGACAACCAGCUAUGCCGGGACAUACAGUUGUCAAGUGAGUGGACUGUCAGAUACUGGACGAGUGGAUGUCACUGCCUCUGUGUUGGACCUUCCUUCUAUAUCUGGACUACCACCAGUUCAGACUGUGAAAGAGUUCUCUAAUCUCAGGAUAGACUGUAGUACCUACACCACACCAGGCAACCCUCCAACAACAAGCUACACCUGGACCUAUGGUGGUUCUACUGUCAGUACUGGGGCUGUACUUGAUAGAAGCAGAAUCAGCAGGAGUCAAGGAGGAAGCUACAACUGUACUGCUAGCAACACUCAGGGGUCAGUCUCGGCCUCAGUCAAUGUGGAUGUACAGUAUGCUCCUUCUAUGUCUGGACUACCAACAGCGCAGAAUGUCACAGAGUUCUCUAAUCUAAGGAUAGACUGUAGUACCUACACCACACCAGGCAACCCUCCAACAACAGGCUACACCUGGACCUUUGGUGGUUCUACUGUCAGUACUGGGGCUGUACUUGACAGAAGCAGCAUCAGUAGAAAUCAGGGCGGAAACUACACCUGCACUGCCAGCAACACGCUGACACCAAGUGGGGGAUCUCAACAACAGGGAACAGCAGCAUUCCAGGUCAAUGUGGACGUUCAAUACCAAGCGAGUAUAAGGAAGUUUACUGCCAACUCUAACUAUGGCUCAGUGACAGUUAACGAAUCUGAUCCAGUGACCUUGAGAUGCCAGAUUGAUAGCAAUCCAGGGUCAGUCAUCAGGUUACUGAAUGGGACUGAGGAGUUGACAAGGGCAGAUAACUCCCUGACAGCGGAAUAUCGACUGGAGUCAGCAGACUGUGGACAAAGAGGGAACUACUCCUGCACUGCCACUAACAACAUCAGGGCACCUGUCAGCCAGAGGCUGGAGUUGCUGGUCAAAUGUUCUCCUCGACUGGAUCAGUCACAGCAACUGAAGUACGUCUCUAGACUGGGUGGUAAUGUGAUGGCGAUUGUGUCAGUCCUGGCCUACCCCCUUCCUACAUUAACCUGGAGUAGAACCACCAACAGCAGCCAUGACCUCACUGGUUCCUCCAGCCCUGUCUCAGACAUCUCAGUCACUGCCAGACUACACCUUACCAACCUCCAACAGCAGGACUUCGGGGACUACAGCCUUACAGUGGACAAUGGUGUAGGCGGGUCAGUGGCAUACACAGUCAGCAUAAUGUUUGCAGAUCCACCAGACCAGCAAAACCCCGAAAGUACCGGUGCAGGGGUAAUAGCAGGAGCCACAGUAGGAGGCAUGCUUCUUACUUUGCUCAUUGGGGGAAUUGUUCUGAUGGUACUAUACAGAAAGGGUUACAGGAUCAGAAAUAUUCAAAAAGGAAAGGCAUCACGAAAAAGGUACUCAAAAUAUCAACACACCACGAAUCCUGACACCGUAGAACUGGACAACAGAGGAUAUUCAUCAUUAGAUCUGAUCAAUAGUCCAGUACAGCAUUCACAUGUGGAGGAGGGAUCAGAAAAACAACAGUACUCACAGUUGAAGAUUUAUGAGAAUACAAAAGCGGAUGCUACAGCAGAUACAAGUACCUAUGAAGGCAUGGCCGAGACUCCCCCUGUGACCUAUGAGUCCAUCAGAGAAUCACCAUACCAGAACACUGGAGCACAUUCUCAAGGUCCUGGCCAUGGCAAUAAAUAAUGAAGACGGUAGACAUCAUGAUAUCGGUUCCAGUAACAGGCAACGGAACACGUGCAGCAUAUUAUAUUCCUUUCCUUUGAGUCAAAACACCAAGUAUUUAGCAUAUUGUUUUAUGUUUGCUACAUAAGGUGAGAUGAUACAAGCACAGACAAUCACUUACAGAAACCAAACGUUGACCAUGGCCAGUAAGUUAGAGGAGCUCAGUCACAUUGUGUUGGUUAUGCUUAUGUCUAUUGGUGUAUCGCCUUUGUCACUUGAUAUUUCUUAUAACAAAUAAACUUAUUUUCACAAUAUA